AUGUUCUUUGUGCCCACUUAAGGUAGUAUUUGUUCAUUGUUUGUUGGCAUCCAAAUGCCAUAACAUAAACUCAAUUAAACGUAUGAUGUUAAAAGGUCAACCAGGAUAAUAAGCUGACCACUUAAAAUCUAAAAUGCAGAUAGUAACCUUAGAAGAUGUGGUUGAGGAGAUUGUUGGAGAAAUCUUUGAUGAAAAUGAUUCAAAGGACCUAGCCUCGAGGAAGUUGAUUGGAAUGGGUAAGCUUCGCGGAGGGCUAUACUAUUGUGACUUUGGGCAUGUUGCUGCAACAAGUCACACCAAGCAAAAGGAGGACACAUCCUUGGAGUUGUGGCAUCAGCGACUAGGCCAUGCAUCCAUAGAAAGAAUAGCCAAAAUAAUUUCUUUGCCUACAUAUUUAAGCAAAAUAAAGCAUAUACGCAGUGACAAUGGCAAAGAGUUCACUGAAGGAGUUGUGAAAGAAUUCUGUUUUAAGAAAGGCAUCAUACAACAAACAUCAUGUGCCUAUACGCGUCAACAAAAUGGCAUUGUUGAGCGUAAACAUCGUCACCUCCUUGAGGUUGCACGUGCCCUCAGAUUUCAAGCUAAUUUACCCUUGAAAUUUUGGGGUGAAUGUGUUCUCACCGCAGCUUAUUUGAUAAAUUUAACUCCUACCCCUGUUCUCUCGGGUCUCACACCAUUUGAAAAACUUUUUGGUAAAACUCCUGGUUAUUCACAUUUAAAAGUGUUUGGGUGUCUUUGCUAUGCUCAUAAUCACACCAAGAAUCGUGGAAAAUUUGACUCUAGAGCAUCAAAAUGUGUUUUCAUCGGUUACCCUUAUGGACAAAAGGGUUAUAGAGUUUAUGAUUUGGAAACUAAUCAAAUUUUCAUUUCACGUGAUAUAGUUUUUUAUGAGAAAAUCUUCCCCUAUGCAUCUAUUCAUAAUUAUAAAGAUUGUGUGGCUUCACCUUCCCCUGGUAUCACGCCACCCAACUUGGAAACUCAUUUUUUGGCUUCUGAUGAUAGUGUCUUAGAUAACACCAUUGAUAACCAUAACCAUUCCGAAACAGUGGAAGAAGCACAAGUUGUCGACAUUGAUUUGGAGACCAAUGCAACUCACCCAGAUCAAGAUCAAGCAGUCCGACCUCCUCGACCACAACGUGAGAGGCGUGUCCCCCAAAGGCUUGAUGAUUAUGUUUGCACCAUGCCCCAGUCUGUUAUGCCUAUGCAAGCUCCAUCUCAAUCAACUAACUCAGAAGCAAUGAGGCAAGAGGUUGCUGCACUUGAGAAGAAUGGCACUUGGACAAUUGAGACAUUGCCUCCUGACAAACGUGCAAUUGAUUCCAAAUGGGUCUAUAAGAUUAAAUUCAAGCCAGAUGGAACUGUUGAACGGUACAAGGCUCGCUUAGUAGCGAAGGGAUUCACUCAAAUUGAAGGGCUUGAUUUUCAUGAGACCUUUGCUCCUGUUGCUAAAAUGGUCACUGUGAGGACAUUACUUGCUCUUGCUUCGAUUAAGUGCUGGGAACUGCAUCAAUUAGAUGUCAAUAAUGCCUUCUUGCAAGGUGACUUACAUGAAGAGGUAUAUAUGAAAAUACCACAAGGUUUUACUUGCAACCAGAGCAACAAAGUUUGUAGGUUGCGGAAAUCACUUUACGGACUACGACAAGCAUCUAGGAAUUGGUUUGAAAAGUUUACAACCUCUCUUGAAGCAGUUGGGUUUAAGCAAUCAAAGGCAGAUUAUUCCUUAUUCACAUUGGCCAUUGCUGAUAGUUUUGUUGUAGUAUUAAUUUAUGUUGAUGAUAUUGUCAUCACCGGCAAUGAUGGAGCCAGAAUUGCAGCCUUGAAACACUAUCUUCAUUCUGCAUUUUCUAUAAAGGAUUUGGGUCCCUUAAAAUAUUUUCUUGGCAUUGAGGUAGCUAGAACAACAGAAGGGAUAGUUCUGAGCCAGCGAAAGUAUGCUCUCGACAUUCUCACGGAAUCAGGCAUGCUUGGGGCAAAGCCUAGUUCCUUUCCCAUGGAGCAGCAUCAUCGUCUCGGGCUUGCAUCUGGUAUUAGCUACAAAUGCCUGAAAGUACAAAAUCCCCGACCCAGAGUACCCAAGGUUCAGCCUCUUUCCGCCGGCUCCAUCUCCGCCAGUGUAGUCUUAUGCCGGCUUUCAUCGGAAUUACUUGCUACGCCCUCAGACCUUCAAUUCGUUAAGCUGGACAAAGCGCUUUCAGACGAGGACUGUACCGAUUAGAGAGUUGACCGCCACAGACCGUCUUUCCGGCAACUGAUACUAUAACUAUUGUGGGGGCUUGAGGCACCUAAAUCCGCUGUUAUCAAUCGACCACCCUUCAUUUCCAGAUCCAAGUGUUUGGGUUUCGUGCAACACAAUUGAAAUUUGAAAUGCUCAAUAAAAUUUUCAUCCAAAAGUAGUCACUUCCCAUGUCGUAUAGUCUCCAAUUGUUUCAAUCCGUUCAUUUUUGGUGAAAUUUACACUUUGAGAUUGUGAAUACUUGGCAUUGUUGGUGCUAGAGCUCUUCUGAGAUCGUUAAGUGAAAAAACAAUGAUCUGGUUGGUGACCAAGGUGAGGUUUUGGGCCUGGAUUUGGAGUCUCUGAAGAUUUUGCUGAAGUGGGGGGUCUUUCUGGGGACAAUGUUUUGUGGUUUUUUGGUUUUCUGGUGCAAGAGGGUGCUUGCGGUGGAGGAAGUGGUGAAUGCAAGGUACGAAGUGAUUUAGCAGUGGGCAUUGUUGUUGAGGAAUGCGUGGCCUAAGGUUUCACAGUUUGUAAGAUUUUCAAAGACCAAGGGGUGAUUCUGGCCACACUUUAGGUCUAUCUGCAUUAUUCUCAAUGGCAGAGACUUCUAUAACUACACUUGUGGUCAUGGAAGCAUUAUUAAUGUUGUCUUGUUUGGUUUAGCUGAUGCUGGUUUCUACUGUGUUUAUAUGGUUCAUAUUAACUUAUAGAAGAACAGAAAUUUUUAUUUUAUUUUAUUUUUUUGAAUAGCACCAAGACGUCAAGAAACUUUGAUCUCAUUGGUGAUUCGAUGCUAAAUUGUGUCAGGUUUGUGAGCUGAAUCAUUGGUUAGUGUUCUUUCCCUGUUAUCCACAAGCUGCUGCAUCUUUAUAAUGUUAAGAUACUACUUUAUUUCAUUAUUUUUUGCACUUUUAAGAUUUCUGACCUAGUUCCCUCUAUUUCUCUCAGAGCCAUUCUAUGGUACAAUUUGCUUAUACAAUAGGGAGAGAAGAGAAAAUUGUCAGAAGAUUUCUAUUUUAGCAUUCUACCAACUGAAAUGCAGGAUACUAAUAACGCAUCUUCAGAACC